GGGUAUAAAGAAAAGGAGUAAAAAUUAUGGUAACCCGCUAAAAGCAGUUAAAAAUUCGUUAUCUUGUAGUGAAGAGUAUAUAUAAGGCCAGCAAAGCAAAGCCAGUCCUUUUAUUAUUUUCUUUGAUUUUUUUUUUAAUUGAAAAUUUUAAGGUGGAAUUUCUGGGAAAAAUGCAGAACAAUUUCUAUCUUCUUCAAUAUCAACAUCCUCCAUACUUAAUUUCUCACUCCGUAAAUCAAUACCUCCCCAUCAAAUCGUACUCGAAAACCCGAAAUUUUCGUGUUUUCUGCUCUUCAUCAUCCUCAUCCAAAUUGGUUGAAGAUGAUAAAUUGAGGACUAGAUCAGAAUACAAGCCCAAUUUGCUAGAUGGUUUCUUUUUAGAUUCAUUUAGGAAGAAAUUAGUUGAGGAGGUUGGAUGGGAUUCGGAGAAGGAAGGCUAUGAUGGGAUGGUGGAACUUGUAAAUGGGCUCAUGCUUGGCAGAACUACUCAGCAAACUAAUCAAGCAGCGGUUCGAAUACUCAAGUCUCUAUUCCCUCCAUACCUGUUGGAACUUUAUCAAAUGCUUAUAACCCCGAUUGGAGGGGGGAGGAUCGCGGCUAUGAUGGUUGCCAGGGUAACGAUAUUCACUUGUCAAUGGCUCAUGGGACCUUGCUCGAUUAACACUGUUGAGCUUCGCGAUGGAUCUUCAUGCCAAAGCGGGGUUUUGGUAGAGAGAUGCAAGUACUUGGAAGAAAGCAAAUGUGUGGGAAUUUGUGUUAAUACUUGUAAAAUCCCAACUCAGACCUUCUUCAAGGACCAUAUGGGAAUUCCCCUUCUUAUGGAACCUAAUUUUACAGAUUAUAGUUGUCAGUUUAAGUUUGGGGUUACCCCUCCUCACACGGAAAAUGAUAGUGCCUUGCAAGAGCCGUGUUUGGAUGGUUGCCCAUACGCUGCUCCUGCUCGAGGAGGUUCGAAAGGUAUUAAUAGGAUGUCAAAAACCACACAAUGCCCUAGAUCAUAAGAUUUCAGUCCUACUUAAUAGUUGUUGAAUAGGUAGUUAAAUUAUUUAGAUAAGUCUUUAGUAUAGUUAAUGUAGUGUGAUUAUGUAUGUUGUUGAUGUUUGAAAAUUUCUCUAAUGCCACAUAUUUGUGUUCUUUUAAUAAGAUUACUGGUAUAAUCAUAUAUUGAAUUGUUAAGGAAUAAUAUAUGGAUUAAGAUUA